GCUGAUUUAAAACCUUUUCUCUUUAGCUGAGCUUCCCUGAUCACAUACAACAUGCUUCAGCGUUUCUGUGGACUCGUUUAUCUGUCAGCACUUUCCCAGCUUUGCCUCAGAGGUACACUUGCUAAAUGUCCUCUUCAGAUCACCCCACAGAGUGUUGUUGUGAAGUAUGGGGAUCCUGUUUCAGUAAACUGCAGCACUUCUGUCACACAUAUGGGGAUGGGAUGGGAAUCCACUGUGGGAGGAGUGCCCCUGUCCACAGCCAGUCUGAUCACAUGGAGAGUGUCAGAGCUGACAGACUGGGAGAUACAGCCACCAUUCUGCUACAUAAAUUAUGGCAAACAGUGUGAAGUAGCUCUCCCAGUCACUGUUUACAAGACUCCAGACAGUGUUUCCAUCAGCACUGUGAAUCCAACAAUGAAAGAGGGAAACCAGUAUGAGCUCCAGUGUGACGUUCACAAUGUGGCUCCUGUUCAAAAACUCACUGUCAACUGGUACAAAGGAGAAACUCUGGUGGAUCAAACCAACUUCACUGACACCAUCAAGAGUCCAGUCAGUAAAACAUCUAAACUCCUGAUCUGUCCAGACAGAGCUGAUGAUGGAGCUCAGUACAGGUGUGAAGCAGAGCUGAACCUGGGAGAAGAAGGACCUCAACCUCCUCCUACAAACACAUCUGAGCCUCUCCGCAUCACUGUAUAUUAUAAACCAAAACACUCCAAUUCAACAGAGAUCAUCAGUUGGAGCAAUGAUGUCUCUCUAAACUGUACGGUGAAGGCAAACCCGGCUGCUGUGUACUCAUGGCACUCAGAGCAUCUGACAGAGAAGAUCAGCUCCUCAGUGAUCCAGUCCUCCACACUCAGUCCAGGAAACUACACCUGUAUUGCCACAAACUUUCUUGGAGAAGACAAAAAAAACUUCACCAUCAAUUGCGUUACAGGUUGUCAUGGUACAUUCUGGACUGUUCUGGUUUUCCCCCAGUUGCUGGUUGCAUUCACGUCUAUCUUGUAGGAGAGAAUUAGUCCCUUAUGCUUUAUUUUCUCAGAAAUGGGAUUAAUCUGCAGGCCAUUCAUGUGAAUUUUGUUAACUUCAAAUCAAUUACGUCAGGGAUGUGAAUGAUAUGCUACACAUCACUUUUAUUUGUAAAUUCAGUUGUGUUUUUUGUUGUUAUCAAGAAGUAUUUGACCGUCAAAGUGAAUUUGCAAUUAGACAUUUUUUAUAUUCUUGCCAAAAAAAAA